AGAAAACUUCCGCCCCAGUGCUACCUCUGAACAGCAAGCAGUGAGCACAUUUUUUCCAAAAUGAUCAACAAAUUUUCCACAAAGUUUUGAACCGAUAAAACCAUCGACAAAACCGACAGUCCCCGGUGUUGGAAAUGUGUGAAAAGCCGUCAGAAGAGUACACGGAGGAGCUACUUUGUGGAAAAAAAGAGAUGGAGCUACACCAACUAAACAUGGAGCCACGAGUUGUUUUACAGCAACUUACAGCUAUUCUCUCAGGUACCGACUGCCCUUCUUCCGACAGCGACGCUUACGAGUAUCGCGACGACGAGGACGACGAGGAUUAUUCUUGUGAUGAAUUCAAGGACGACGACGACGAGGAUUAUUCUUGCGAUGAAUUUGACGUCGAUGACGCCGACGACAAAGACGACAGUUGUCUGUGUCCUCAGUGCGGGAAAACUCUUAAAACCGUAUCUCUGAGGGGUCACAUGAAAACGCACGCCGCCGAGAAAGAUUUCGUCUGCUCGGUUUGCGGUGUACAAAUGGCUACCAAGAGCCAUUUAAAACGCCACAUACUAACACACACAGGCGAAAAACCUGUUCUCUGUUCAGAGUGCGGUAAGCGCUUCGCUACUGAAGUCUGUUUAAAAAAGCACAUGAGAACACACACCGGAGAGAAACCGCAGGAAUGUUUUGUUUGCCAUAGAAGAUUCGGCGAUAAACAACUUCUGAGAAACCACAUGAGAACGCACACCGGCGAGAAACCAUACGCUUGCCAACUUUGCGGUAAACGAUUCGCGAUCCAAAGCGGUAUAAUUAAACACCAAAAAGUGCACACUGGUGAGAAACCGUUUUACUGCGCAGCUUGCGGUAGAAGUUACACUAGAAAAGUGUAUUUCACAAACCACUCGUGUAAAGGGACUGACGGAAAAGCAAAGUUGAACGGGAAAUUGUGUGAUUUUGGGAAACGCGUGAUAGUUGAAGCUCUGGAAAAAUACAGUGCCGACUCUGGUAAAUUGUAAAACUGUAAUGAUCAGUGUUGUCACUAACGCAUUACUGUAAUGUGAUUGAUUACAGUAUUGGCCUGAUUAUCAGACGACCCCCUCUUUUUCAAGACAAGUUUGGAAAAAAAGACUUUUUGAACACUAAAGUGCAAUCACAUUCGUAAAUGAAUUCGCUUCUGGUUUUUGAAAUAAAAACCAAUCUAUUGUGAUAAAACAGCAAAAUUGCAAUAGUUAAUGCAACUGCAUUAACCAUCAAAGUGAAGUCUAACUGUAAUUGUGGUCUUGAAACAAAUCUGAAUAAGGAAAAACAUUGCAAUAAAAUAAUGCAAACUGGUUAAACUUGAGAGUAGCUGAGAUCUGUCAUGACGGAACAUUCCUUAAGUUCAGCAUUCGCUUUAAUGAUAUCUGGCGCCAUCUAGCAUCUUGAAUGGGUAUAACGUCUAGACUGCGAAUAUAAAACAACCCCCACUUUUUCAGUCUUAUUUCAAUGCAAAAAACACCAAACACCGUCUUAUAUUCAGGCCAAUACAGUACUUUGUUUCAGUAACAAGUAACGCUUUCAUUUUUCCAAACUAGUAAUCUGAUUAAAGUUGGUGUGCGUUAUUUAGGGCCUGAGCACCAACUGGGAGAGACAGUGACGACCAAAAGUGGCAUUUCCCAUGUGGCAAAAUGGAUUUUGCCAUGUGGCAAGGUCUUAUGCCAUGUGGUAUUUUUUUGCCAUGUGGCAAAAUGGAUUUUGGCAUGUGGGAUUUUUUUUUGGCAUGUGGCAAAAUUUUUUGGCAUGUGGCAUUUUUUUUUUUGCAGAGUGGCAAAAUGGAUUUUGGCAUAUGCAAUUUGUUUUUGCCAUGUGGCAAAAUGGAUUUUGGCAUAUGGCUUUUUUUUGCCAUGUAGCAAAAUGGAUUUUGCCGUGUGGCAUUUUUUUUUUUUUUUUUUUUUUUUGCAUGUGGCAGAAUGGAUUUCGCCAUGUGGCAGGUUCUUUUGCCAUGUGGCAGAAUGGAAUUUGGCAUGUGGCAUUUUUUUUGCCAUGUAGCGAAAUGGAUUUUGCCGUGUGGUAUUUUUUUUGCAUGUGGCAGAAUGGAUUUUGCUGUGUGGCAUUUUUUUUGCUAUGUGGCAAAAUGGGUUUUCUGUGUGGCAUUUUUUUACCAUGUGGAAAAAAUGGUUUUGCCGUGUGGCAUUUUUUUACCAUGUGGCAAACUGGAUUUUUCCGUGUGGAAAAACGGAUUUUGCCAUUUAGCAAAAUAUAUUUUGUUAUGUGGCAUUUUUUUUGCUAUGUGGCAAAAUAAAUUUUGCCGUGUGGCAUUUUUUUUUUUUGCCAUGUGGAAAAAUGGAUUUUGGCAUGUGGCAAUUUUUUUUGCCAUGUGGAAAAAUGGAUUUUGCCAUGUGACAUUUUUUUUGGCAUGUGGCAAAAUGGAUUUUGCAAAGUGGCAAAAUUGAUUUUUGCAUGUGGCAAAAUGGAUUUUGCAAAGUGGCAAAAUUGAUUUUGUCAUGUGGCAUUUUUUUUUCGCCAUCUGGCAAAAUGGAUUUUGCCCUGUGUCAAAAAUAAUGCCUCAGGGCAUAAUCCAUUUUGUGGCAAAAGUCCACCUGACAAAAAAAAAAAAAAAGACACAUGGCAAAAAAAUGCCAUGCCACAUUGCAAAAUUAAUUUUGCUAAAUGACAAAAAAAUUGCCAAAUGGCAAAUACCACUUUUGGUUCUCGGCCCUGCUGCUAACUGGCGCGAGAAUCCUAUUGAAAUGCAAAGGAAAGCAAAUGAAAAUGCCCAAUUUGGAGGCCUGAACAUGCUCGAAAACUCACCAAAAUUUGCACAAUUUAAAAUUUGCGUAUGUUCCGAUAAUUUUGCAACUUUGCGAAAAAAUCUAACGAAAUGGCUCAGUGGCGCACCCUAGAAUUUUUCAAAAAUUCCUCUUUCGUUAGGUUUUUUUUCCAGCAUAGAGUGAUGAAAUUUGGGGAGCCGAUACAUUGAGCAAAACCACUCCAAAAAGUCUCAUGCACCCAUGCUCCAAACCCAACAGGAAAUUGGAUAUUUUGGAUCAAAUGCGAAUUUUUUUUUUGUUGAUUUAAUGGGUGCACAUUUGAGACCUUGGGGCCAAGGGAGUUUGUUGGAUACUCCUCAAAAUUGAUGAGACUGUUCAUAAGACACAUGAGAUCAUGAGUUGUCAAUGGUCCAUUUUCAUUUACGGGCCUGACCUGGGCGGGCUGUCAAAGACUGCCAUUUUUUUUGUUGGGGUAACAGGCCUAAUUCCGUAAAUGACUAAUAACUCCCUGAUACAAGGUGCUGUCUCUUUCAUAUCUGGCAUGUAUGAGAGCUAUCCCAGCCUGAACACAACUGCAUUGAAAUAUUACACAUUAGGCCUUGCGGCCGCUAGUGGAUUCAGGAGACACCCUUUUUGUACGAGACAGGCUCCAAGGGGAAAAAAAACAAUUGACCUCAAACCUGCAUCAGGGGAACCUUAAGACAUGUGUUAAGGUGCCUGAUUAAACAUACUGAGGUUUCGUUGAAGCGGAUGGUCCAAACAGGAAAGUGAAAAUGACCAACGCCAUUUUGUCUCGCGACAAAUUUUGAACAGUCAUAACUUGGCAGACAUAUAUCAUAUCUGCACCAAACUUCCCUUGCUUGGUGAGAGUCAUACCCUGAAGGUUCCUGUAGGGGUUAUUUUCAUCAACUCAACAGCGCCAACUAGUGGCAACAAAGUCAUUCGUUUUACUUGUACAUGUCCAGUUCUUUUCAGGUUGGUCAUUGUAGAUUCAAGACCUUUUGUAAUACUACAUUUUAAGCGACCCUUUGUUCGCCAUUAAAAGGAAGUAGAUUUUUUCAGGGACUUAGGCAGUUAAUAGAGCCACUGAAUUUGGCACACUUGGUCGAAUUGGCCCAAUUCGAAGAUUAAUUUUGGUUUUGAAUAGUGCUGCAACGAUUAAUCGAUUAAUUCCAGUAUUCGAUUCGAAUUAAAUUUUGCUGCUUCGAGUAUUCGUUGAAUUAAAGUGGUGUUGUAAUGGUUUGUUUUUGAAAGUGUUUGCAUUUAGUUUUAUUGAUUUGGGUGGAUACACUGCCCUGUAGUCUGCCCCAUUUUACAUGGCCAAAUCCAGCUGCUCGCUCCCUGUUCAGACCAACAUAAGCUAGGUUUUUGUCUGAGCUAAUGUUUUCUUGAAUGCAUUUAAUGUUUUUAAUGCAUUUGUAAUUUAGUUUAAAGGUAUAUUUAGCCAAUUUUGUGGGAAUAUGUGUCUGAACCAUUUGUUAAGCUUAUUGUAAAUAAAAAAAGUAAAAAAAAAAAUAUUUUUUUUAUUUUAUAGCAUUUAAGCUAGCGGAUUUUUUGCUAUGUAAUUUAGCCAAUUGUUCUUUUGUUGUACAUAGACCCAUUUUUUAAUACCGUUUUUAUGUAUUUUAAUUUUUUAUGUUUAUCCGAUUACUCGAUUAUUCGAACUAAUUAGUUCAUCAAUUAAUCGAUAGCUGCAGCCCUAGUUUUGUAUAAGGGCGUGGCUGCACAGCUCAGUAGCGCCCACUUUUUUGUAGUACUGUCUCCAAUUGGGUUUUUUCUCCUAGUUGUGUGAAUGUAUUUCUUAUCUCAAAAAAGAGGUGAGUUUCGAGCAUGUUAGGUUCUCAUGAGAUGAUUAGAGGGAGUUGAUCUGUCACCACCCUUACCUGAGUGCCGUCCGAGUUGCGCCAAAGUGCAAGGGCCCGUUCAGUCCUGCUUGCAGGCCUAUUGUUAUUUCUUACAUGCGGCUUUGGGUAAAUUCCAAUAAUUAGGCAACAUUAGGAAAAGACAUAACAAAAUGGCUCAGUGGCGCCCCCUUUCAAUUUUUCAAAAAGGCCUCUGACAAGUUUCCUGAGCGAAACAAGGGCGGCGCCAUCUUUGAUAUUUUCCGCUACGGACUUCCGGUUUAGACAAAACAACAUGAAGUGCGGUUGAAGCAAGCGGUGUGUUAAACUGCAAAAUCGAACCAGAGGAACCUACGGAAUCUCCAGCACGAUGUAGAUGAAGCUCCAGGACUUUCUGUGUUGUACGUUUGUUCUUAUCACUUCGUUGAUCGUUCGUGGACAAAAUUCUAACAAGCUGUGCAGCCUGUGUUAACAUAAGGAGUAGUGACCAAAACGAGGCGAAAUUAAAAAUAUUCCAGUUGCUGAAUGCAGAAGGGCUGACCCAUAUUUUGUUGUUACAAAGGAAUACUACAAGGUAUUGUUCAUCAAUUUAGAUUAAUAUGUGCUCAUGAAACAUGUACAUAAAACACAAAGUAUGUUAUUCUUUUUUAUUGCUGAUAUUGACCGCAAUAAAACUUUUGGACAGCAUGA